CUGUGCGUCGUGUCCCCGUGUUUUGCGCCGCUGUUUCCAGUGAUUGCGGUAGUCUGAAGAUAAAACUGAAUCGACACGUCAUUGGCUCUCACUCUGUGUGUAUUUUAAAGGAAGGAAGGGAGGCGGAGACAGCGUGGAAGUGGAAGUGGAAGAAGCUUUGUCGCAGUCACACAACUUCUCCAGUCGGGCAGCUGCUUUUCUUCAACACAUCCUCCAACGGUCGAGUCUGUCCGACCGACCGAGUCGACAUGCUGCCGGUCAGUCUGUGCUCUUCGUGACACCGGGAGGGUGUGAGUGAGCUCGGCUUGCUUGUCAUUGAACGCUGGCGCGGAAGCGAAAGGCUCGGGGAUUGGGGAAAGACCGACACCUCCCUGCGUCUUUCCCGGCGCCGGGCAGUCACCAACCCCGGAUCGGCCGCAGGGAACCAACCGCAACGGCUGUUAGCUGGGAAGCUAACAGGCAUAUAGACCGAGGAUAUCCGUUCAGUUGAGCUUUGAAUUGAAAGCAGCGGCGACGCCGUGAAAAUGGAUUAAAAAAUGAAGGGCGGAACUGUCUAAUCAUCCAAAUAGGAGGGCCUCUCUCUCUCUCUCAAAGGUAGCUCUCUUCAGCUUACCUGUGCAGCAGAGCUGAGAGACGGGGCAGAAGAUGCCUCCAAGGCCGUCCUCAGGGGAGCUAUGGGGCAUCCACCUGAUGCCCCCAAGGAUCCUAGUGGACUGCCUGCUGCCCAAUGGGAUGAUUCUGACCUUGGAGUGUCUCCGAGAGGCCACGCUAAUCACCAUCAAGCAUGAGCUGUUCAAGGAGGCCAGAAAAUAUCCCCUCCAUCACCUCCUGCAGGAGGAAACCUCCUACAUCUUUGUCAGUGUUACACAGGAAGCUGAGCGGGAGGAGUUCUACGAUGAGACUCGGAGGCUGUGUGACCUUCGACUCUUCCAGCCUUUCCUCAAAGUGAUCGAGCCAGUCGGCAACAGAGAGGAAAAGAUCCUGAACAGAGAGAUCGGUUUUGCCAUUGGCAUGCCUGUGUGUGAGUUCGACCUGGUGAAGGACCCAGAGGUCCAGGACUUCAGGAGAAACAUCCUGAAUGUUUGUAAAGACUCUGUGGAGCUGAGAAACGCCAGCGGUCCUCACAGCAGAGCGCUGUACGUUUACCCCCCCAACGUCGAGUCGACACAGGAACUUCCCAAACACAUCUAUAGCAAACUGGACAAAGGUCAGAUUAUUGUUGUAAUAUGGGUGAUCGUUUCCCCAAACAAUGACAAGCAAAAGUAUACACUAAAGAUCAACCAUGACUGUGUGCCGGAACAGGUGAUUGCAGAGGCCAUUCGUAAGAAGACGCGCAGCAUGCUGUUGUCCCCAGAGCAGCUGAAGAUGUGUGUUCAAGAAUAUCAGGGGAAAUACAUCCUCAAAGUUUGUGGCUGUGACGAAUACCUGCUGGAAAAAUAUCCCAUAAGCCAGUACAAGUACAUCCGUAGUUGCAUCAUGUUGACCAGGAUGCCAAACCUGAUGCUGAUGGCUAAGGACAGCCUGUACUCUCAGCUGCCUACUGAUAACUUCGUCAUGCCAUCAUACUCUCGACGUAUCUCCACGGCAACGUCGUACAUGAAUGGAGAGGCUUCGUCCAAGUCGCUGUGGAGCAUCAAUGGGACUCUGCGAAUACGAAUCCUCUGCGCCACCUACGUCAACGUGAACAUACGGGACAUAGACAAGAUUUAUGUGAGGACUGGAAUUUACCACGGAGGUGAACAAAUGUGUGACAACGUCAACACACAGAGAGUACCCUGCUCUAAUCCCAGGUGGAAUGAGUGGCUCCCUUAUGACAUGUACAUCCCAGACAUCCCCCGAGCUGCCAGGCUCUGCCUCUCCAUUUGCUCUGUUAAAGGCAGAAAGGGAGCCAAGGAGGAACACUGUCCACUAGCUUGGGGCAACAUUAACCUGUUUGACUACACUCACACUCUGGUGGCCAACAAGAUGGCUCUGAACCUCUGGCCAGUCCCUCAUGGCCUUGAAGACCUCCUCAACCCAAUAGGAGUCACUGGAUCUAAUCCCAAUAAGGAAACGCCAUGUCUGGAGCUGGAGUUUGACCACUUCAGCUGUCCUGUCAAAUACCCAGACAUGAAUGCAGUGGAAGAUCAUGCAAACUGGAUCAUCUCCAGGGAACUGGGGUUUAACUUCAACCACUCAGGAACUCAACAGAGCAGUCGGGUGGCCAGGGAUCACGCCCUGACGGAAAGCGACAGCGAACAGAUGCGACAGCUGAGUAACAGGGACCCUCUGUCUGAAAUCACUGAGCAGGAGAAAGACUUCCUCUGGAGACACAGGCACUACUGCAUGAACAUCCCAGAGAUCCUUCCCAAGAUACUUCUUGCUGUCAAAUGGAACUCCAGAGAUGAUGUAGCGCAGAUGUACUGUUUGUUGAAGGAAUGGCCAUCGAUCCGUCCAGAACAGGCCAUGGAGCUGCUGGACUGUAACUACCCAGACCCCAUGGUCAGGCACUUCGCUGUACGCUGCCUUGACAAAUACUUGACCGACGAUAAACUCUCCCAGUACCUUAUCCAGCUUGUUCAGGUAUUAAAAUACGAGCAGUAUCUUGACAGUCCGCUAGCUCGCUUUCUCCUCAAAAAGGCCCUGACCAAUCAAAGGAUAGGCCAUUUCUUCUUCUGGCAUCUCAAGUCAGAAAUGCACAACAAAACUGUGAGCCAGAGGUUUGGGCUGCUGCUGGAGGCUUACUGCAGGGCUUGUGGCAUGUACCUCAAACACCUGAGCAGGCAGGUGGAAGCCAUGGAGAAGCUCAUCAACCUCACCGACAUACUCAAACAGGAAAAGAAGGAUGAGACGCAAAAGGUCCAGAUGAAGUUUCUUGUAGACCAGAUGAAGAGACCCGACUACAUGGAUGCUCUGCAGAACUUCACCUCUCCACUCAACCCUGCACAUCAGCUGGGAAAUCUGAGGUUGGAGGAGUGCAGGAUCAUGUCAUCGGCAAAGAGACCGCUGUGGCUCAACUGGGAGAAUCCUGACAUCAUGUCCGAGUUACUGUUUCAGAAUAAUGAGAUCAUCUUCAAAAACGGAGAUGAUUUGCGGCAGGAUAUGCUGACGCUGCAGAUAAUCAGAAUCAUGGAGAACAUUUGGCAGAACCAGGGACUGGACCUGCGGAUGCUCCCCUACGGCUGUCUGUCUCUGGGAGACUGCGUGGGCCUGAUAGAGGUGGUCCGAAACUCCCACACCAUCAUGCAGAUUCAGUGCAAAGGAGGCUUGAAAGGAGCCUUGCAGUUCAACUCCAACACGCUGCAUCAGUGGCUCAAAGACAAAAACAAAGGAGAGACGUAUGACUUGGCUGUGGAUCUGUUUACGAGGUCCUGUGCUGGCUACUGUGUAGCCACGUUUAUUCUGGGGAUCGGAGAUCGGCACAACAGCAACAUCAUGGUCAAAGAUGACGGACAGUUGUUUCAUAUAGAUUUUGGCCAUUUCUUGGAUCACAAGAAGAAGAAAUUUGGCUACAAGAGAGAGCGAGUCCCGUUCGUACUGACUCAAGACUUCCUCAUCGUCAUCAGUAAAGGAUCCCAGGAGUGCACAAAAACCAAAGAGUUUGAAAGGUUCCAGGAAAUGUGCUACAAAGCGUACCUGGCCAUCCGCCAGCACGCCAACCUCUUCAUCAACCUGUUCUCCAUGAUGCUGGGCUCCGGCAUGCCCGAGCUGCAGUCGUUCGACGACAUCGCCUACAUCCGGAAGACGCUGGCGCUGGAGAAAAGCGAGCAGGAGGCUUUGGAUUAUUUCAUGAAGCAGAUGAACGACGCCCACCAUGGAGGUUGGACCACCAAGAUGGACUGGAUUUUCCACACGAUUCGGCAGCAUGCACUAAACUAAACGCAUUAAACUCGAUAUGGAGUAUUUAUUACUACACUUUUUGAAGGGAUUUAUUUUUCCAUUCAUGGCAAACUCUAAAACUCUAUGAAGUUUGCCUUUUGAUUAAUUUUUGAAGCACUUUUUCCCUUGUUUUUUAAACGAGGUUCCGGGUUUUUCUCCAUUAUCUUUUUUGUUUGCCUUUAUUCGGGGUGUGCUGCUUUUGUCAGUGUGUCAAAUUUUCCUCAGGACCCUGACGGUAAUAACCUUCCCCAGACUUUCAUGUUUGGGGAAAAAAAAAAAAAAAGGAAAUUUUUUCCCUUAUUUUGCUGCUCUUUAAAUAAAAACCAACACAACUUGGAGGAGCCACAUCCGCCAAGGUGUUAAUGUAGCUGCAGAGCAAGUCUGACUUGCUGACCUUCAGUCUUUGCAGUUCUGCACUUUUUCUCAACUUCACUGGAGAGAGGGAAAGCACGGGAAACAGUGCACAGAUUUUGUGGAUUAGCUCCCAUCUAUAAUGUCUUCCACAGAUAAUUUGACCUUUUUUCAUUGUUUGGGUUUUUUGAGCAGAAAUUUAAAGACUAAAAAACAUCAGAGAUAAUCUCUUGAGAUUUUCUUUCUCCGGCGACUUCUUGUCGUAAACUUCGAGGCAAAGAUGCCUCUCCUUCAAAAUAAAAAAUAAAAAAGCACUUGGAACUGUAAAACGUAAUGUGUACAGGUUUAUGACUUUUUAAAUUAAUUUAUGAAUUUUGUUUCAUUUUGAACGUCAGAAAUAUAACAGAUGAUACUAUUGAUUUUGUAAAUAUGUUUGGAAUUUUGUCACUUAAAGCCUCUUUUAGCCCCAUUUGAUCUGCAGAUUUUUUUCCUGACUGGACAUAAUGCUGAUGCCGUUUUAUUUAUAAAGUUGGCCUAUUUGUUAUGUCCAAUCCAGAAUUAUUUAUUUAGAGAAGCAAAACUGUAAGCAAGAGUGAACAUUUUGGUCUUGCAUUACAUGUACAAGGAGUGAGGAAAAAAAACCACACUGGCACUUUGUGUACAAACAGGAACGGAGAUCGUCACACCUCCUACCCCCCCACAUGUGGUUAAGUCCCAAAAUACACAAUCUGAGUAAAUUAAACUGAACUAAGAGCAAAAGAAACAAUUGAGGUUUAUAGAAAAUAGUCAAUUUAGUUGCACAAUACUUUUGACAAGUAACAUAAGAAUCAACUCUGACUACUUAUUUUCAACCUAGAGAGUUUUUCUAUCCCUAAAUAAUGUCCAGACUAGCCAAUUGUGUGUUGUGAUUGGAUCGUAGUAGGAGAAAGUAAAACCUAUUGACAGCUUUAUGCUAUUCAGUGCCAAGGAGAAAGCCAGCGGAAGUAUAUAAAAGCAUUAGCUUGGAGAGUUAAAAAACCGGCACCCUCUGGAAGGAUUUAAAAGCCCUCUAUGACGAGCCAAAUCUGUCUUUAAUUUACAAGACGUUUAGGUUGCAUUGUUCCCCUAUGUGUUCGGGCCUGAGCCGGUGCUGCCUUGCCUCAAACAACUGUCACCAACACACCUCAUAAUGAGGAGUUGUGCCGAGUAUGCUCUUUUCUCCACAUAGUCUGUUUUACCUGAGAGUUUAACACAAGCAUUACCGUAAGGAUGUUACCCGUCGCAUCAGUCUUUGGCUCCCUCCAUAGUUUACACACAAUAAAAUCAGCUGUUUACCCCUAAAACCGUCACUUUAGGCUAAUUCUAUGCAACUUUAGCUAAGCAAAUUGUGCUAGCAGAGCUAAUACUGAAGUAAUUUGUGACAAAACAUAAACUGUAUAUUUUAUGCUCAUAGGCGGCUCCACUUUAAAAGCCUUAAGAACAUGAAUUGAGAUUUGCUUCAUACGCCCAACAGUUGGUGUUUUCCGACUCUGAAAUAUGGCUGAUUAGUUUUGCACAACCAGUAUUCAUAUGGCCAAAAAGACAACUUGAGAUGGAUUAAAACUUAAUUUGUUGAAAGUUAAGACACUUGAUGAUUACAUUUAAGUGUAACGGGAACUUUGAAAGUAAAAUGUUUUCAGUAUUUCAGUUAUUUGGGAUGCAAUCAGUGCUGAAAACUGCAACAUGUGACACUAAACCUCUCAAUGGGCUGAACUAUGAACUUUGUGAUGCUCCAUAAAUUAGAAUAUUUUACAUAAUCAGGGUAAUUAAAAGCCCAUUAUGGUAAAUGAAUAAAUUGAAGAGCUUCACCAGACCAGCCAGGUGUAUUAAGAGACCAAAGUGACGAUUUGUUUUAAUUUGGUGCAGCUAUUUUGUUAUGUUUGUGCAGCAUCAUUAGCUUGGACCUUCUGUUGCUUUUUUCUGAGUGAAUCCUGUGAAAGCUCAUAUUGUAAAACCAUGUUGGAAAAGCACUACAAGAUGAAAAAGAAAUGCUAAAUUCUUGCCUUUUUUUGGACAUUAGUCUGAUAUGUAUGUUUUGCAAACAGCAUAGCGAGUGUGUGUGACGGAAAAUGUGUAAUUAGGUGUGACAACUAUGUUGUGUGUUGUCAUCCCAUGCAUCCUCUGAGUCAUUCUGUGCAGGCUGCAGAGCUUCAUUGGCAGGUUCCAAUGGAAAAUGACACACGUGCCAUGACUCCUGCAAUAAUGGUGUCUUUAAAUGUUUUGGAAACAACCCAUCUCCACUGGCAGGAAAUAUUUGCCAGCAUUUUUUUUAUUAUUAUUUGUUUAUAAAGAAAGAUAAAUAAGGGGAAACAAACUUUUUUUAUAUAUAUAUAUGUGUAUUCAUGUGUUACUUGAAAUUUCAUGAAUUGAAGAGAUUAUGUCCAAUUAGUACUAAUUAUGAGAGUCUAUUGUACUGUACAUAAGCACCGAUGGCUGAAGCAUUGUUUAAUACGAGUAGUGAAUGUUAUUUGUGCCACAGAGAAGACUCAAUUACAUCUUGGUCUGAAGGAUGGGUAAAUAAAUUGAAGACUAAAAAAAUGUUAUUAUCUUAUAAGAUUCCAACAGUUUUCUAAAGCAUGGUCGGUUAAAGUGGUUGUAUUACUCAAAUCCUCCUGGAAGUAAUCGCACUUCAAAAACACAAAAUCUUACCAAAUAUUUUUGGUCUAGUUUUUAGUUCAAGUAUCUUAUUACACCUGAAAAAAGACAAAACUAACUAAAAAAUUACCUUUAACUCAAUAAUUCUUUAAUAUUGGUGAAAAAAUGCUUGUUCAAUUGGCAAAUUAUUUCACUUACAACACAGAAAAGGUGUUUUGUUAUAAGUGAAAAUAAUCUGUCAGUAGAAAUAGACCUGGGUUGCUAGGUGACGGGCUGGGCUUGGCUGGCGUUGCUAAGUAACGACACAGUGACCAUUGAUUGUGAAGUUAAAUAAUCUGCCAAUGAAACUGUUACGUUUUUCAUCAAUAUUAAGGAAUUAUUUACUUAAAACAAGUUGCUAUAUCUUGCUGAAAAGCUGCUUGCAUGUUAAUUUUGUCUUAUUUCAAGUGCACCAAGAUAUUUACAUUGGAAACUAGACAAAAAAUAUUUGGUUAGAUUUUGCGUCUUUGCAGUUCACCUUCAUCCAUAAAACGAGAACACUUUAGGAAGUUCAACUCAAUAAAUGCAAUAAGCCGUAAUCCUGCCUUUUCAGUGGCUUUCAUUGUGACUGUUGGACUAAAAUGUUUAAUCUUCCAUGUAAGCCAUUUGUCUGUAUUGAAUCCAAUCGUCGCCUGAUGAUCGUGUUUGUUUUUUUGUUUAAAUGCACUGUUUCUACUGAGCCUCGGAUUGAGCCAUGAAUGGAGAAAAUGUCACAAAAUGGAUUUAAAAUUCUGUUUUUAAAUUUCAAGCAAAUUCUCUGGAAUAUAAAAAAUAAAAUAUUUUACUUGUGUGCAGCUCUGUGAGUUAGUGUAGUAACGUACUGUGCUGCCAGAACUUUUUCACAUCAUACUUGCAUGAGAUCAGUAUUUAUUUUCCUGAUGUUAUAAUUGUUUCCCCCCCUUUUUUAUUUUGAUAAACAUACAUUCACCUUACUACCUAAUGCCUUAAGUCUGCUCCCUGUAGGUUUUGGGACAUUUGGUAUUUAAUUUGCAUUGUUAUUAUUGCUGUUUUAUUUAUGGAUGUACAUUUGUUUUGCUUUUGCUCAACAUUCAGAGAGGCGACGGUUGUAUUCCCUGACCGACCGACUAACUGGUCAGCAGGUCUUUCUGUGAAGUUGUGUAAAUAAAUUUGUUAAACAUU